AUGCGAUGUCUACAAUUGUAUAGGCUUAUUGCCAACCUUCCGAUCGUGCAGCAACGUCUGUUGCAGUCGGAGCGUCGCUGGAAGGUUCUCUCAACAGCCAUUAGAAGGCCGCAAAGUUCGAGACAUAUUGCCACGGAGGCACAAAAACAGUCGCUCAAUGACUUCGGAUUGGACAACGACACAGACACAUUCCUACCGGGCAUAACAGUUGACCCUUUUUUCAAGGAACUUAAUCUACCGAAGCGCUGUAUAGGAUGUGGAGCUCUAUUCCAGUCAACCGAUGCCAGCAAACCUGGCUAUGUAGAUGCCGAUAUACUUUCGGACUUCGGAGCCCGUGGAGCUGCUAAGGUGCCUAGGGUGGGAGGCAUUGAGGUGGAACGCGUGCCGGACGGAGUCCAAGUAGACAAGUGCGAUGACGGUCGAUUUCAGCGCCUCAAACGGAGAGCAGUAUGCCGUCGGUGCUACAGGCUGCAGUACUACAAGAGGGUGGACCUGCAGUGUGAGGUGGACAGCCACCGACAGCGCGCUGCGGACGUCUCCGAAUCCAGAAUUUCCACUGAGCGUUUGGUCACUGCAACACCUAGCAAUGCUGGUGGUGUGCUGCAGAUGCCGCAGGAGGCCGAGAAGCGCCGCACAUCUGCAAGCGCACGCAUCACGACGGCACCGGAAGUCAUCAGCAACAUGACACGACGUCUGAAGAGCGACGGAGUUGUAUUGUACCUUGUGGAUAUCACUAAUGUGGAGGCAACUGCGCUCCCGGAGCUUUACAUCGCAAUUCGGAACAAGGCAAUGGGGGUACUGUCUUACUGCGUGCACCAUUGCAUGUUGUUCAACAGGUCAUAUGGAUCGCAAACAAGGUUGACGUGCUUCCGCACAAAACAGACCUACCUGAGUACUGGAUUUGAUGCACUUGAGAGGCGUCUCAAGGAGUUUAUCAAAGUGGGCAACGCACGACCCAUAUACAUCGUCGGGGCGGUCAACGUGGGAAAGUCCACUUUCGUUAACCGCUUCCUCAGUUACAUCAGCUACGGAGAUGCUGGUACUCUGCAGAUGAAGCGUGGAAUUGGCGGUGCGACUAGGUCUGUCAUACCAGGAACCACCCUGGAGUUCAUCGAGUUCGGGCUGUUUGGUGGAUUCAAACUAAUUGACACUCCCGGCAUACCUGCCGCGGCCACCGUCACUCAGCUGUUACGUAGGCCCAUUGACAUGGUAGCGAUUGCGCUUAACAAGACGAUGGACACGCCCACGUUGCGCCUCGACGCUGGACAGUCCCUGUUGGUGGGCGCUAUAGCUCGCAUAGACUUGGUAGAAGGCAGCGCCGCAAGUAUCCGGUGCUACCUGGGUUCAGGGGUUACUUUGCACGUUUGCAGAUCCGUGGCGGCUGCUGAUGUCAUGCGAAAUAAAGCCGGUAACGUCAUUUUCCCGCCGCACGCAAAAGAAGACUAUGAACUAUUGGGAACAACGAAGAAGUAUAGGCUGACGAUUAACUGCAACGGCGCAACACCCGUCGACGAUAUCGUGAUACCGGGACUCGGAUGGUUCUCUCCGACCGGAGUAGGACCAAAGGUUAUAGAAAUAUAUGCGCCAAACGGUCUGGAUGUAUUAAGAAGGCCCGCCAUGAUUAGACAGCAGCCCAAACGUGUGCAAAGGCCUUAUGUUUUGCGACGGAGGAGAUGGUCGACCAGAACGUUCACGGGAGCACACGACCAACAGGGGAAAGUGCAAUGUAAUACCAUGAUUCCUGCCUUCAAACUGCUCGCCGUAUUCUUAAAACAGGUGUCGAAGCCUCUGGCAUCGUACCUAAAGAAACGGGCCAGUCGUAACGACAGAUUCCGCAGGCUAUGCAUAUCGAUCGGUAACCGGAGCUAUGCCUUCGACAGAUAUAUCACGAGGAGGUUCUACAACCCUGAACAAGGAGAACCUGAUACAACUCCCUGGAUAUCACCUGAAAAAUCGGUCGUCAUAGGCACCGAGCUCUUCGGAGAAGUCAUAGUUUUUUCAGUUGCGACGCUGUUAGUCAUCUCCGAGUAUGCCCGUGGAGUGCGCAAAGAGGCCAAAAAGGAGGCCAAACUCCAGGGGCGUCUAUGUGCGCUAGAAUCGCAGCAUGCCGCAAUUCCGCACCUUAUCCGGGAUGAGGUUAGCCGGCAAUUGGCGCAGAAGUGGAACGAGCUGGAAAAACGCAGGGAAGAGACAACAGCACCUAAUGCGGUCUAG